AUGCAGCAGCCCCAGGCCAUGGUGCUGUUCCUGCUGCUGCUGCUGCUGCUGCCGCUGAGGUCCGGGACACAGGGGGCAUCCAGAGCCUGUGGGCGCCGGAGGAUGCUGAACCGGAUGGUGGGCGGGCAGGACGCCCUGGAGGGUGAGUGGCCCUGGCAGGUCAGCAUCCAGCGCAACGGAAGCCACUUCUGCGGGGGCAGCCUGGUCGCGGAGCGGUGGGUCCUCACCGCGGCACACUGUUUCCCCAACACCUCAGAAAAUUCCCUGUACCGGGUCCUGCUGGGGGCGCGGCAGCUGGUGCAGCCGGGGCCGCAUGCCGUGUAUGCCCAGGUGAAGCGGGUGGAGAGCAACCCCCUGUACCAGGGCAUGGCCUCCAGCGCUGAUGUGGCUCUGGUGGAGCUGGAGGCACCGGUGACCUUCACCAAUUACAUCCUCCCCGUGUGCCUGCCUGACCCCUCUGUCAUCUUUGAGACGGGCAUGAACUGCUGGAUCACUGGCUGGGGCAGCCCCAGUGAGCAAGACCGCCUGCCCAACCCGCGGGUCCUGCAGAAACUGGCCGUGCCCAUCAUCGACACGCCCAGGUGCAACCUGCUCUACAGCAGGGACACCGAAUCUGGCUUCCAGCCCAAAACCAUCAAAGAUGACAUGCUCUGUGCUGGCUUCGCAGAGGGCAAGAAGGACGCCUGCAAGGGUGACUCAGGAGGCCCUCUGGCAUGCCUCGUGGGCCAGUCAUGGCUGCAGGCUGGGGUGAUCAGUUGGGGUGAGGGCUGUGCCCGCCCCAACCGCCCAGGCGUCUACAUCCGGGUCACCUCCCACCACAAUUGGAUCCACCGGGUCAUCCCCGAACUGCGGUUCCAGCCAGCGUGGUCGGGCGGCCAGAAGCGAGACACCUGGAGCCAGCAGCCCCUCUGUCGGAACUCUGCACCCCGCCAGGCCGCCUGUACUGCCCUGCUGGGCCUCCUGGUGCUGCUCGCCCUCCUCUGA